AUGGCCCCAAACCGGUGGGAGAAGACCAAAACCAUUUCGAAGAAGGGCUUCGAUAAAGCGUGGGAUACUGUCGACAAGCUCGGCGGCCCAGUCAACCGCCUAUCGCACAAGUUGGGCGCCGAAGCCUUCUGGCCUAUGACAAUCGACAAGGAAGCCGAUAAAGCCGCGCGCAUCCUGCGCAGCUUCUGCAAAGACGGCUUCUAUGCCCCCGAUUCCUCACCUGGCACCGAUGAGAAUGGCAAGAUCAAUCGUCCCAAGGGCAAGCAGCGCGUUAUCCAAAAGAUCCCAACACAAGUCCUUAAAAAUGCCAAGGGAAUCGCCAUCUUCACGACUAUGCGCACAGGUCUGUGGAUGAGUGGCUCUGGCGGUAGUGGCGUGCUGAUCGGCCGCCUCGCUGAGACUGGCGAAUGGAGCCCGCCAUCUGGUAUCAUGUUACACACGGCGGGAAUAGGCUUCCUCGCUGGCGUUGAUAUUUACGACUGCGUGGUAAUCAUAAACACAUACGAGGCGCUGGACGCAUUCAAGAAAUUCCGCUGCACGCUGGGCGGCGAGGUCAGCGCAUCCGCAGGGCCUGUAGGUGUGGGUGGUGUCCUCGAAUCCGAGGUGCACAAACGCCAGGCACCCAUCUGGACAUAUAUGAAGAGCAAAGGGCUAUACGCAGGCGUCGCGGUUGAUGGUACGAUCAUCAUUGAGCGAACUGACGAGAACGAGCGCUUCUACGGCGAGAGGAUAUCCGUCGACGAGAUUCUUUCCGGCAAAGUCCGACAUCCACCCCGUGAGCUAGAAACCCUCAUGCAAACCUUGAAGGCCGCGCAGGGCGACUCUGACGUCGACGAGAGUUUCGUCCCGCCAUCGGGCGAAACACCUGGCGAUCUGGAGCUGACGGAAGACGGGCAACACAUCUUCGGCGUGCCGGCUGCUGACGACCCCGAUCCGUAUGGAGUGAAGGCGCUGGAAGCGGAGGGGCUUUUCAUUCGGGAGGCCGGCACGAAAGCGAGGCCAAGCUACGAGACAUUUGAAUUUCGGCCCAACCUGGACAGUCCUGUUUAUAGCACUUUCUCGCGGCGCAGCAUGGAUAGCUCGCCGCGCAAUAGCUGGCGUGCAAGUGUGCAGAGCUCCAGGAGUCAUGCCAGUGUCGACCGUGGCACGCAGACAGAUGACGCCCCAUUAACUGAGGCUACAUCAGUCAGCCGUGCAUCUUCUCGCAGCGCGAAGAGAUCGUCUCUUGGCCGUCCCCCGAUGGAUGCCUGGGAUGAAGAUGAGGACUCACACUGGGAUGCAAUUGCUAUCCACGGUGAUGAAGAACAUGUUAAGGUCCGCCAAUUGGAGGGCCAGGAGGCGGAGGAUAGGAGAGCGAAAGCGAGCGUCUGCGAAGAUACACACGACGACCCCGAGUUUGAGGAUGACGACGAGCACUUUGAGAUCCACGAGGUUGGCAAUGCCACGGUCACACCAAGGGAGAGUGUCCCGGCCUCGCCCACGAAGGUGGAGGACCAGACGACAAACGGUGACACCAAGCGUACGUCGCCGAGUUUCACCCGGGCUCGUCUGGUCACAAUCCCGGCUCGCACCCCACCUACCUUGCCCCCGCGGCAUCCACGCCACGUCCCGGGCUCUGGCUCAAGCCGUGCCUCGUCAUCGCCUACGGCGCUCUCGUAUUCAAGCAAUAACACCUCACCUACAGACGUCACCGAGGCGGAGAAUCUCGAACAUUUGGACAAAUCCCCUAAGGCACCUCCAUCCCCAGAGAAGGCCAAGACCACUCCUGACAUUCCUACUGCGAGCGACGAUGAGGAGUUCGUCGACACGAAAUCGGAGGCCCCUGCUGAGAAGGACGAGUUCCACUCUGCUAACGGCGAGUCGGAGGCUGAGGAUAAUGUUAUUACCCUCGAAGACCAUACUGGCACCGAGGCCGCCGAGCAGGACAGCAAAGCGAACAAAGAAGGUGAGAAGGGGGUUGAACCUGAACAAUCUCCUCGACUCCAAAAGUCUCCCGAUGUCCCCAAGCUCGCACCCAAUAUCGAGGACACCCCGGAGGUAGAAGAGACCCUCGACAAGAUUGAAGCCAAGCUUGAAGCUGAGAUCGACCAACCCGAAGGCCAGAAGUCUGAAAAGUCAUAUUCACAGACUGACCGCGAAGUACACGACGAGUCCCCUGGUGGGACUAAACUCAAUACAACCUUGCCCCAUGCUAGGGCUGAGUGA